CGACCGCGCGGAGCCAUGAUUCGGGUUGGUGGCUGGUGUGCGCGGCGGCCGCGCGGCCCGGCGGGGCGGCGCUGGGCGUCCGGCGGGCGGGCGGGCCGGGCGGGCGGCCGCGCCCUGCGGGUGCUGGUGGACAUGGACGGCGUGCUGGCCGACUUCGAGGGCGGCUUUCUCAGGAAGUUCCGCGCGCGCUUUCCUGACCAGCCCUUCAUCGCGCUGGAAGACCGGCGCGGCUUCUGGGUGUCGGAGCAGUAUGGCCGCCUGCAGCCCGGGCUGAGCGAGAAGGCCAUCAGCAUAUGGGAGUCAGAGAACUUCUUUUUUGACCUCGAGCCUCUCCCAGGGGCUGUGGAAGCUGUGAAGCAGAUGGCCAACCUCAAAAACACUGACGUCUUCAUCUGCACGACCCCCAUCAAGAUGUACAAGUACUGUCCCUACGAGAAGUAUGCCUGGGUGGAGAAGCACUUUGGCCCUGAUUUUCUGGAGCAGAUUGUGCUGGCCAGAGACAAGACUGUGGUAUCCGCCGACCUUCUCAUAGACGACCGGCCAGACAUCACAGGGGCUGAGCCAAACCCCAGCUGGGAGCACGUCCUGUUCACGGCCUGCCACAACCAGCACGUGCAGCUGCAGCCCCCCAGCCGCAGGCUGCGCUCAUGGGCCGACGACUGGAAGGCCAUUCUGGACAGCAAGCGGCCCCGCUGAGCUGGACUGUGUUCUGGGCUCCUCUGUAGGGCCCCUGACCUCAGGGCUCCCAGCUGAGGGCCUGGGGGGCCCCUCAGACAUGCCGGGUCCACUGCAUGUCUCCUCCCUUUCCCAGCCCUGCCAGGCCUUAAACUGAUCUCAGGGCAGGGCUGGCCCGUGGCCCUGGAUAAAACACAUGUGGCCAGGCUGCACCGAGGCAGAGGCUGCAGACAGUGGGGGAGCCGAGGGCGUUGUGCACAGUGCUAGCAGUCCUCCAUGCCCCUCAGGGACGCCCCCUUGGACCCUAGGCUGGCCGAGGUGCUCCUGGUCUGAGAGGGUGCAGAACAGGGGGCAGGGCUGGGGGUGAGCCCCUCACUGCUCUGCCUGCCCAGUCUGGUCCCACAAGUGCGCCCCGUGGAUUCAGCAAACACUGGGAGCAGGCCAUGACAGGCCCCGUGCUGGGGGCACCACCCCUGGCUCUGCCUGUGACCAGCUCAGAGGUUUCCAGUACCUCUGUCCCCGCUCAGGGCCCAGCAGAGUUAGUAGGGUUGAACAUUGGUUGAAGGCAUGAAAAAUAAAUGCUGUUUGUGUGUCA